AUGUACAAACAAAACCGCCAAAGACGCCGGGCUGCGCAUACCGAGGCGGCCAUUGAGCGACCGCUUGGCUGCACGCUGUUUAUGAUCACUGUGGCCAGCAACUCAGGAUGGGGCGGCAUUUGGGCAAGAGAGGCUCAAUGCCAGGCACGCGCUUGUGACCGUGAUGGGCGAUUGCAUCGCAUUGCACGGCGUUGCAGGCCACGACGUCAAGCUAACUUUGUGGGGAUGGAGCACGAUGCAGCUCGCUUGUGCCUGCAUUUUCGGGCUCCGUGCUGCCGAGUUGAGCGCAAGGCUUGUAUGCUCACAUGCAGAAAGCAGCUCGGCUCUCGAACCAGCCAACGCGAGCGACAUGUCCAAGACAAGCUGUCCAGUGUCAGAAUGACCAAGCUAUCAUGUGGUCAACCCGACAGCCCAGUCGGACGGGCACAACGAGCGGUGAUCGUAUUCACAAUUGUACCGCCUGAGCGGCUAUCACAGCCAGGCCAAGCAACGCACCGCAACGCACCGCAACGCAAUGCGGGCGGGUUGGGUUUGAGGCUUUUGUUGGGCGUUGAACCUAAGCGUGACCGGCGUCAGCACGAUGGCUUCCAGUGUACCGAGCCAUCGAGGCUUGGCUGUUGCGAGCGAAAAAGCGAUUUUCGACAGGUGUGCUGUUCAGCUAGCAGCUCGGCUACAAGAUGGCCACCUGCAGCUCGUCUACGUCCACAGCCAUGUGAUGGUGUAUGCAAGUUCCUGUCACGCGUCAUGGACUCGGAGGCAGCGUGCAAUCCGCAAUCGUGA